AAACUUUAGCCACAGUUGUCGAUCAAUCCACAACGAUGGCACACGGUGUAAUCGCAAUAACGUUGGCACUGCUAACACUGGGUUAUUCCCAAGUUAAUGCUAACAUAUUCCAGCAGACAUUCAAGCAACUGCAUCAGGAGCCACCGGUGCCGGCAAAUCAGAAUCGUGCCGAUGAGGUGCAAACAUUGUGGAUUGAACAGCAGUUGGAUCACUUCGAUGAUGCCGAAACUCGCACCUGGCAAAUGCGCUACAUGCUGAACGAUGUGUUCUUUGAAGCCGGCGGUCCGCUGUUCAUUUUCCUUGGCGGCGAGUGGGCUAUUUCGACAGGAUACGUUACUGGUGGCCACAUGUACGACAUGGCCAAGGAGCACAAAGGACUUUUGGCCUACACCGAGCAUCGUUACUAUGGCGAAAGCAAGCCAUUGCCUGACUUGUCCAAUGAGAACAUCAAGUACUUGCAUGUGAAGCAAGCGCUGGCUGACUUGGCGCAUUUCAUACGCACGAAGAAGGCAACUUAUGAGGGUUUGAGUGACUCCAAAGUCAUCAUUGUGGGCGGCUCAUACUCGGCCACCAUGGUCACCUGGUUCAAGAAAACCUAUCCCGAUUUGGCCACCGGUGGUUGGGCAUCCAGUGCACCCCUUUUUGCCAAGGUCAACUUUGUAGAAUACAAGGAGAUUACGGGUCAGUCUAUUGCCUUGAUGGGCGGCUCUGCCUGCUACAAUCGUAUUCAGAAUGGUAUUGCUGAGUUGGAGACAAUGCUUGCCACAAAGCGUGGUGGCGAGGUGAAGGCGCUACUCAAACUGUGCGAAAAGUUCGAUGUGUACAGCGAUCUGGAUGUCUGGACACUGUUCAGUGAAGUCUCUGAUAUCUUUGCAGGUGUUGUGCAGACACACAAUGCUGGCCAAAUUGAGGGCGUUUGUCAGACAAUCUUGUCGGAGAGCAGCGAUUUGAUUGGCCUCAGCAAGUAUUUGUUGACUGUGUUUGCUCAAAGCGGUGGCAAUUGCUACGAUCUCAGUUAUGAUGCCAUACUUGCGCCACUUCUGGAGUCCAGAUACACGGGCAACAUUAUGCGUCAAUGGAUCUAUCAGACUUGCAAUGAGUAUGGCUGGUAUCAAACUUCAGGUUCAGCUGCUCAACCCUUUGGCACCAAGUUCCCUGUCACUUACUAUACCACAAUGUGUGCCGAUGUUUAUGGUUUGCAGUACAGCAAUUCUUUCAUUGCCGACAAAGUGGCGGAAACUAACGAAUACUUUGGCGGACUUGAACCAAAUGUGGAGAAUGUUUACAUCACUCACGGCCAAUUGGAUCCCUGGCGAGCCAUGGGCAUUCAAAACGAAACUCAGGCCACCAUCUUACCAGAGUAUGCUCACUGCAAGGACUUUGGUUCGAUCAGCGCCAGCGACUCCAGCGAAAUGCGUGCUUCAAAGGAACGUGUCGCUGAAUUGGUGCGUCAAUGGUUAAAUUGAAGUUUGCUACAUCUAUUUUAGUAAUUGUGUUUAGCGAUAAUGAUUAUCUAUGAAUGUGUGUAUUUAUGACAGCAAUAAACGGAUCAUGUGGAAAUUUUGAAA